UCCUCACAGCCCGUCCCGGAGCCGCCGAACAGUGGCAGCCACCACCAUGAGGCUCUACAGCCUAAGUGUCCUUUACAAAGGUGACCCCAAAGUGCAUUUACUGAAAGCUGCCUAUGAUGUGUCCACCUUCAACUUCUUCCAGAGGUCCAGCGUGCAGGAGUUCAUGACCUUCACCAGCCAGCUGAUCGUGGAGCGCUCACAGCUGGGCAGCAGAGCCUCAGUCAAGGAGCAAGAGUACCUGUGCCAUGUGUACCUGCGCGGCGACGGGCUGGCCGGCGUGGUGGUGGCUGACACCGAGUACCCACAGAGGGUCUGCUUCACCUUGCUGGACAAGGUGCUGGAGGACUUCUCCCGGCAGGUCCCCAGGAGCGAGUGGCCCUCAGGGUCCCCUGGCACCAUCAGCUAUGCGGCGCUGGAUGGGUACCUCAGCAAGUACCAGAACCCUCGAGAUGCUGACCCCAUGACCAAAGUGCAGGCAGAGCUGGACGAGACCAAAAUCAUCCUGCACAACACGAUGGAGUCGCUGCUGGAGCGAGGGGAGAAGCUGGAUGACCUGGUGUCCAAAUCAGAGGUGCUGGGGGCACAGUCCAAAGCCUUCUACAAAACUGCUCGCAAGCAGAACUCCUGCUGUGCCAUCAUGUGACAGGGGCCUCUGCAGCUCCACACCACCUCUGGACCUCACCCAGGCCUCCUCCCUUCAGCCCUCCCCCAGGACAGGACAUGGAAGCCCAGGGGGGGUCACCAGGCCUGGGUGUGCUCAGUGCCAAGGCCUUGGGUGAUGAUUUUCUCAUCUCGACGGCUGGCCCCCGUGGGUGAGGGCAGCACCAGAGACCCCCCCUUACUUUUCUGAGGGUGGUUCAGACCAUGGGGUGCCCAGCUGCAUGCC